AAAAUUCUAAAAAAAGCCCUUUUCUUCUUCAUAAAAAAAAACUUGUUUAUAAUGCAAAAGUCAUCCAUCACACAUUUUGAACAACAACUCUACGAAAAGAUAAGCUAUCUCAAGGAUGCCAUGUUCACUUUUUAUACGCAAUUGUUGUACUUUUGUGGUACAGCAACGGCUGCAUAUAAAGCUCUUUGGCAAUUCCCAGAGUUUAGAUUAGGUGUAUACCUCUUUAUUUUACUAGCAGCUAUUCCUGUUUGUCUUUUCUUGUUAUUUACUACAGUUAUUGUUUUUAUUACGACUACCAUCGUUAGUGCAGUGUGGUCUGCUUUUGUGAUAACAGCGAUCGGUUUUGCCUUGGUGCUAUUGAUUCCUAUCUUGAUUGCUUCUGCUUUAGUAGCCGGAUUGUUUACAUUGAGUUACCUCUUAUAUUGUUAUGUAAUCGAAAGUAGAAGGUCAAAUACAAAAACCCCACCAAAGUAUAAAGUUCAAAACGGUGAACUUUAUCACACCGAAUAACAAGAGGUUACGGAUUUUUUUUUGCGUAAUUUUAAAAAUAAAAAGCUGUUUUGUACGAC